AUGACUAGUACUUCUAGAGACCACACAUCGGACGUCUCCGAACCGCCCGCUUUAGUGAACAAGCGAAGCGUCCUCGUGAAACGAGUCAGGUCCAUCCGCGACACUUUUAGAGACUCUCUGACUACGGAAAACUGCGAAUGCUUCAGACCCUCCUACAAGAAACUAUCGACCUACCAGGAUAGAUUUGAUGAGCUACAGGAUAGGGCCAUAGAGCUGAACAUCUCCGAGCCGACUAGUAGAAUCGAUAUCGACACCAUCCAAGCCGAAUUCGAUCGCCUCGUACGGGAGGCCGAAGUGCUCUUUCUCUCAAAGGCACGCACUCAUGACUCCAGCCUGUCUCCGCACAUGACUGUCCACAACAGUCCAUCACUAACCGCCACCGAGAAAUUCCAGUACCUGCUUAGCAGCCUGAAAGGCGAGGCUCUCGCGGUGGUACGGAACUUGUCCAUUGACGAAGCCAGCUACACCGUAGCAUGGGAUCUUCUCAAGAAACGCUAUCAUUCUGACCGACGAUUGAUCACGCACCACUUCAACCAGCUGUUAGAUCUCCCUGAGAUAAAGAACAGCACCCAAGCAUCUCUGCUUCUCGACCAACUCCGUGAGAACUCUCAGGCCUUAGAGGCCCUCGAUCACCCUCUGAGCUCCUACGACGGACUGAUUACCGCCGUCAUACUGCGUAAACUCGGCCCAGGACUCAAGAGGCGUUUAGACGACUUUCGCGCGGCUCCCUCCGAGUACCCGAAGGUCAACGAGAUUGUGUCCUUCUUAGAGUCCGAAAGUCUGAGCAAUGAUGGCACCUCGGCUAGCAAGAACGACUCUAAGGCCCUGCUCGCCACCAGAGCGGCCUCUCCCCAGCAGUCCGCCGUUCACGCGGCAUCCUCCGCUGGGAGAACAGCUCCGUCCUCCGAUAGGACGCGAGACUCCGCAUCGUGCCCCUGCUGCACAGGACAGCGGCAUGAGCUACAUGCCUGUCCCGGGUUUCGUGCAAAAACCCUUCCUGAACGACGUGAGCUCGUCCGCGCUCACAAAAGAUGCUUCAAUUGCCUUCGUCCCCACCAAAAACGGGACUGCUCUACACAGAGCCGAUGCCGUCAAUGCCAGGCCAAGCAUCACACAUUGCUUCAUGAUACCGCAAAUGCUACCCACGGGACUUCCAAAUCAGUCCCAGAGGAAAAGACGGUCUUGCUGGGCACUUGCAACCAAAAGACCACGGUUAUGCUCCCUACCAUGCAACUGCGAGUGAAGGGUCCGAACGGCUCAAUCCGAGCACGAGGCCUACUCGAUUCGGGAGCUAUGACUACCAUCCUCACCAAUAAGUGUGCGGAUGCGAUAGGCGUGACACGCCGUCCUGGAACCAGUCACAUUGAAGGAAUCGACGGCAUGCGCGGUAGCACUUGCGCUGAAGCAGUAGUCACUCUGACAUCUCCGAGUCACCAGGUGAUUAGCAAGAAUCACACGGUGUUGUUGGUCGACUCUAUCACCACUAACGUACCACCCGUACCCAUCUCAACCGCCGUUAGGCGCCGACUGGCUGAUCUCCCUCUUGCCGACCCCGACUUCGAUCGCCCAGGUCCUAUCGACAUUUUGAUUGGGGCAGAUCUUUACGCCAGGAUUGUUACCGGACCCGCGACCUCUCUAGGUCCUUCUAUGCCAUCAGCUUUUGAGACAAAUGGCUAUGGCUACAUCAUCUUAGGUGCCGCUCCUUCCCAGACGGCUACCCUUGCUGCGCUCACCACCGGGACUGAUGAGCCAGUAUCCGAAGUGCACAAGACCAUCCAAAGGUUUUGGCAGCUUGAAGAAGUUCGACCCCCGAAUAUCGAGCCCACUCCUGAGGACCCGGCAGAACUUCUUUUUCAGCAGACUACACGACGCGACGCGUCCGGUCGCUUCUAUGUACGGCUUCCUUUUGCCCGCUCCCCUGACGCCCUGGGCAAUUCUCGCGAUCAGGCUUUGCAGCGUUUCAGGGCUCUGGAACGAAGAUUCCGGUCUGAUCCAAAUCACCGUGACCUCUACGUCAAGUUCAUGGAGCAAUACGAAGCUGACGGCUUCAUGAGUCCAGCUCCUCCGGACGCACUCAUCAACCCGCACUACUUCUUGCCACAUCAUGGCGUGGUAAAGGAGACGAGCUCAACUACGAAGCUCAGACCUGUCUUUGACGGCAGCGCGAAAACCACAACGGGCAUAUCGCUGAACGAUAUACUCUACCCCGGGCCAUCGUUGACCCAGGACAUUAGAGACAUUCUCAUACACUUUCGAGUUCAUCGUACGACAUUUGGCUGCGACGUCCGCCAAAUGUACUUGCAGGUCUUCCUCGAACCUCAAGACAGAUGUUGGCAGCUCAUCUACUGGCGCCCCAGUGAAGAUGCCCCGUUAAAGAUUUACCAGCUCAACACGGUCACCUUUGGCAUUACUUGCUCCGCUUUCCUCUCGAUGAGAGUGCUCAAACAGCUUGCGAUAGAAUACGCCGAGGAGUACCCGCUAGCGGCUAGGGCCAUCUUGGAGGCCAGUUAUGUCGACAAUAUCGCCACUGGAGGACGCGACCUCGAAGAAGCUAGACUGAUUAGAGACCAGCUCAUCGCACUUCUUAAAAGAGGUAACUUCUUUCUGCGAAAAUGGAUGAGCAACGACCCAGGUCUUCUGAGCGACCUCCCGGCUGAUCUUCUUGAAACCCCAGUGACCUGGGAGGGCCAAGCACCAUCGUACUCAGUGAUGGGCCUACAAUGGCUUCCCAGUCCUGACGUAUUCACCUAUCGCAUACAGCCCCACUCGAAGCCUACCACAAAGCGAGGAGUCCUGUCUGUCAUCGCCUCAAUCUUCGACCCACUCGGGUUUCUUAGCCCCGUGGUGUUCUUCUGCAAGUGUAUUAUGCAGCAACUGUGGCUCUUGCAGCUAGGGUGGGACGACCCUCUCCCGGAAGACAUCUCCACGCGCUGGGCUGGAUUUCUCGAACUCCUCAAAUCUCUGAGUAAUGUAAAGAUUCAGCGUUACGUCUGCGACGUAGACAUUCCCAUCCAGCUCCACGGUUUUUGCGAUGCAUCGGAAUUGGGCUAUGCUGCCUGCAUCUACAUAAGACCAGAUCGACCAUCGGGCAUGCCUCAUCUUUAUGUCGCGAAAACUAAAGUAGCACCCCUGAGUAAAAUAACUCUGCCACGUUUGGAACUAUCAGGUGCCCACCUGCUAACCAAUCUCAUGACUUAUAUCGUCGCCAGGUUGCAAAAAUACUACCACAUCUCCAGUCUCCAUGCCUGGACCGAUUCGACCACAGUUUUACAAUGGAUCCAGACUCCUCCGCACCGGUUAAAGACCUUCGUGGCCAACCGGGUUGCCUUCAUCCAACAAGAGAUUCCAACAAUGACUUGGCACCACGUACCCAGCCGUGACAACCCUGCAGACCCCGCUUCGCGUGGGAUCUCGCCAGCGCAACUCGUAAGUUACAGCCUGUGGUGGCACGGCCCGCCGUGGCUCCAGGAAAACUCAGACGAAUGGCCGUCGCUGCCCCUUCCACUCCCGCAAGAGCCGAUACCAGAGACGGCAAAGCCAAGGACGGUAGUCCUCUUGGCGCGAAAAAACACUCCUUCUGUGAGUUCACCUUCUGAUCUUCCGGUUUUCGAGCGUUUCUCUUCAUGGCGCAAGCUCAUCCGCGUGAUCGCUCUAGUCUUUCGUUUCAUACACAACCUCAAGCAUCCUCAGGCCAAACGCACGGGUCCUUACCAGCCUGAUGAGAUCGACCAUGCCGAGAAGACCGUUGUCAGCCAAAUUCAAAGGGAUGCCUUCGCCAAAGACAUCGCCGAUAUCAGAAAGGGCUCCACCUGCUCACAACGCAUUCGGCAUCUAACCCCCUUUCUAGACAGCGCUGGGCUCCUAAGAGCGGGGGGACGCAUUUCACAGUCUGAUCUCGAAGAAAAUCGGAAGCAUCCAAUGAUCCUACCCGGUGACCAUCAUCUAGUAAAGAAAUUCAUCCAACCCACCGAAACGCCAGAGGCUCUCAAACCCUCGGCCUCGCCAGAGAAACCUGCCCACCAUUCUGGAGGUUCCACUCCCGCCCUUCGCCAGCCAAAGGGACAUGGCAACCCAAACAGAGCCGAUCCCAGCACCCUCCAAGCCAGUUGA